GCGCCGCAGGGGAAAGGGGAGUGUAGAGAGUUGAGAGCUUUUCAAAGUGCGCUUGCUCUGGUAAGAUGGCUGCUUCUGCAACAUCAGAGUUGAGCUCCCUAUGUGAAAAAUACAGCCGCGUCGUUACUCUUUCUGAGGUAGAAUCCAGGAAGGACCCGGAGACUGACCCUUUUCGCUCCAAGUACAAAGCCAGGGAGCUUCUGAAGGAGAUCAUCUGUACCCUGAGGAACCAGUAUAUCGGGGAGGAUGACGGGGAAAGCGACCAGCCCCAGAAGGAUCAGAUUCUUGAGGGUUCAGACUCAGAGGGAUGUGGGAGCGGUUGUGUCGGGGGCUCGCCAGCCGCCCUCAGGGCAGCAAAACUCGGAGUGAUCGAGCACCUUCUAGGGGUAAACCAUGUGGAGACUGAAGAACUUUCCGCUGGAGAGGAACAUCUGAUGAACUGCCUCAAACUGCUGGAUAAAUACAGCAUGUCACGGGAAAACAUCUCUAUAAACAUACAGACCAGGAAUCAGUUGGGUAUUCUGUGGGCUGGACGAGAUGAAACUGAGAAGGCGCAGGGUUUUCUGGAAACUGCAGAGUCUCUGUACAUUCAGUACAUGAAACAGGAUGGACAGCCCCCAAUGGAUCUCAGUGACUUCUUUGUGACAGAAGGGGAAAGUGUAUUGGACCAAGAAAGAACAAAAAGAUUUGAAAUGGCUCACACUUACACAUUGUAUUACUUGGCUCAAGUCUACAAGAACCUGGAACAGUACGAAAAAGCUGGCCGGUACUGCCACACCACUCUUCAGAGGCAGCUGGAGUUUAACCACUUUGUUCCUCUAGAAUGGGCCAUCAAUGCUGCAACAUUGUCCCAGUAUUACAUUACUAAGUCUCGUUAUAUGGAGGGAAGGCACUGCUUAGCUGCGGCUGUUGUGGUUGCAGGCCUGGCAGGCGAGGUGCCGUCAGAAGCAGCAGCGCAGGAGAACGAGGCAGAGGGUGAAAAGAGGGAGCAGCUUCGUCAGAAGAGAGCGGAAAUAGCCCGGUGCUGGAUAAAAUACUGCUUGAAUCUUCUGCAGGAUGCCAAAAAACUCCUAGAGGAUAAUAUUGGCGAGCUGGAUGUGGAGCGUCAGGCGGAACUGAAAGCGCGCCGCCGGCAGGAGGACGAGGAGGAGGAGAAAGGCCUGAAGAGCGCCAUCUUGUUUGGCUCCAGGGACAUCUUCGAUUCCAUUUUGGCCCUGGAGGAGAAGGUGAGUUGCGCCUACCCUCUGGAUUUCGAGGAAGCCCGGGCCAUCUUCCUGGUGGGGCAGAACUACGUGACCGAGGCCAAGGAAUACUUCCAGAUGGAUGGCCACGUCACGGACCACAUCGAGGUGGUGCAAGACCACAGCGCUCUCUUCAAGGCCCUGUCCUUCUUCGAGGAGGACUACGAGAGGCGCUGCAAGAUGCACAAACGGCGCAUCGACAUGCUGGAGCCCAUCUGCAAGGACCUGAACGCCCAGUACUAUCUCCUCAUCUGCCGGCAGCUGCAGUUCGAGCUGGCUGAGACCUACUACGAGAUGAUGGACCUCAAGCUGGCCCUGGCCGACAAGCAGGACGAGCUGGACGCGCACACCGUCAAGAAGUUCAACCACCUCUGCGCGGCCUCCAUCAAGUACUACAAGAUGUUUCUGGACUCCAUCAGGACGGCCGACGGCAAGUUCCCCGAGAAGCUGGAGGACGACGUGCUCCGCCCCGCGCUCGUGGCCAAGUUCCGCGUCGCCCGGCUGUACGGGAGAAUCAUCUGUCCCGAUGGCGCCACCCAGCUGGAGAACCUCGACAAAUCCUUGGAGUGUUACCGCUUCGUGGUGGACUACUGCGAGCAGGACACCGAGGCCAAGAAGGCAGUGGAGACCGAGCUGGAGCUGAGCGAGGAGAUGGCCGGCCUCCUCCCUAUAAAGAUUGAGCGGCUGAGAGCGAAGCAGGCUGCCUUAAACUGACUCGCCGACCGGCGCCUGUCAGAGCACGACGGAGAGCCUUGGAUUGGGUUUUUCUUACGUGCCCAAUAACGGCAACCAGUGUCCUAAUCUCUUACACCUGUAGGAAACUAAGGCGGCCGCUUUGUCAGUACUUACGUUCUUUCAAUAAUUCUGCUAAUCUGUUAAUGCACAAUGGGAAAUCCAUAUUUAUUAGUGCAAUGCUGAAGUGUGUAAUUGAGUGUCUCCAGUAAUGGAAAUGAGAAUGAUUUGGUUUCUGAGCAGCAUUGGCACAAAUGUCUAAGGAAAAAAGAUUUGUGAAUUGGUGUGUUUUUUUUUUUACUCUAUUUAGCAGAUUAAGAGCAUACUGCUCUUAGGUUUUUCUUCCAGCAGUACCCUUUCCGUCUUCCACUGGCUUGGUGACUUACCAUAUGUGCUCUCACGGGUGUUAUUCUUCUACAGCACUUACCAUGCCCUUACCAUACUCUGAGAGUAUAGGAGGAAGUCCAUGCCGUGACGUCUUUCUUGAUUGGGUUUAAAAAUAGCUGAUGUGGGGGAAGACAUGAGGGGAGGGUUUCUCACGAACGGGUCACUUCUCUGUCUGGUUCUGUAUAUUUUGCAGCUUUGUUUGCAUUAUUAAACAACUAUUAAUCACAAUUUACCACAAAUGUACUCUGCAUGAGCUGCUACAUGGCGUUGUUAGUCACUACCUGCCUUUGGGAUGGUCCUUUCUGACAUUAUUUAUUUGUUCAGCACUUCUCAGUGUCGUGUUCAUUUAAAGCUGUAAAGUAACCUCAAAUAAAACUGUAUCAGCUUA